AUGCUCUUCUUGUUAGCAUUGUUACCGAUUGUGUCUGCUUAUCCUCAAUAUCCAAGAUUUCCGCCGUCAAAUGGAGGAUUUCAGGGUGGUUUCCCGGCGCCAAGUGGUUUCGGUGGACCAAUGGGUCAAGGUGGACCAAUGGGUCAAGGUGGACCAAUGGGCCAGGGCGGGCCGAUGGGAAUGGGAGGAAUGGGUGGAGUACCACCUGUGCCAAAGGAGCUUCCACCCGGUUUCGAGAGCGUUCUCCCAACCGACAAAUUGGAGGAGCUGAGGUCGAUCCACGAAAGCACAACACUGUCAAAUGAGGAUAAACAUGAUCGUAUCGAUAAAUUGUUGACCGCUUUACCAAUCGAGAUUCUUGAUCGAUUGCCGAUAAAUCCGGCUUUGGAUAAAUUGCCAGAUGAUGUAAAGCAACAGAUUAAAACGAUCACGAGAGAUCGAUCAAUCGAUUGGCGCUCAAAGAUGCAAAGAGUGCAACAAUACAUUCAAUCUUUACCUGAGUCGAUCAAGCGUCUUCUUCCACCACCGCCACCACCUGGAUUUGAAUAUUUGCCUGAAGAUGCUAAGGCGGCUUUGAAAGCGAUCCAGGAGAACGCGGCACUUGGUUUUCGCGAACGAUACUACAAGAUCAAGGAAGUGAUGGACCGUCUGCCAGCCGACAUUCGAGCCAAACUCCCACCACCUCCACCCCCACCACCAAUGUUU